UCGAAGCCACCAAACAUUAUCCAGUAAUGGGGGCUAAGCAAGGGGCUAAGCCCAUUGGAGGAUUGGGUCAACAGACCACUACCAUGCUGUUUCACCUAGCAAGCAAGAGCUGCAGGCUUUUAAAGCCCUCUUGUUACUUGAGUUCUUUGGGCUGCAAACCAUCCAGUUCAAGGGACUAUCAUGAUGUGGUAGAUAUUGCUGUUGUUGGUGGUGGUAUUGUAGGUGCAGCAUCUGCUUUGGAAAUCAAGAAGAGGCAUCCAGGUCUUCAAGUACUGAUCCUGGAGAAGGAGUCUGAACUAGCAUUCCACCAGUCUGGACACAACAGUGGAGUACUCCAUGCUGGAAUUUACUACAAGCCAGGAUCUCUUAAGGCAAAACUUUGUGUGAAAGGCAUGCAAAUGGCAUAUGCCUACUGUGAUAAGAACAACAUUCCAUACAAAAAGGUUGGCAAGCUGAUUGUAGCUGUUAACCAGAGUGAGGUGGCAAGUCUGGAGGAUUUGUUCAUCCGAGGACAGCAAAAUGGUGUGCCUGUGAAAAUGGUGGAUGCUGAUGGCAUGCGAGAAAUUGAACCAUUUUGCAAGGGCGUGCGGGCCAUCUGGUCGCCACACACGGGAAUCGUGGACUGGGGCUUAGUGACACGGGAGUAUGGCAGCGACUUCCAGAGGCAUGGUGGCCAUGUGCGGCUCAAUGCAGAGGUUACCGGCUUCAGGGAGGCCGAGGCCGGCGCUGACCACCCGCUGCUGGUCGAGGUGCAAGGGACAGGCAACCCGGUGCGCGCGCGGUUCGUGCUGACCUGCGGCGGCCUGCACGCCGACCGACUGGCUGCGCUCUCCGGCUGCCCGGCCGAGCCGCGUGUCGUACCCUUCCGGGGAGAGUACCUGCUGCUGCGGCCCGAGAAGGCGCAUCUCGUGCGUGGCAAUAUCUACCCGGUGCCGAACCCGCGCUUCCCGUUCCUGGGUGUGCACUUCACGCCUCGCAUGGACGGCGCCAUCUGGCUCGGCCCCAACGCCGUGCUGGCUGCCAAGCGCGAGGGCUACCGGUGGGCUGACGUAUCGUUCCGGGACCUUGCCGAGUCUCUGCGGUACCGGGGAUUCCGCAAGAUCGCACUUAGGAACCUGGGCUAUGGCACAGGAGAGAUCAUGCGCUCUAUUUUCAUCCGGCUCCAGCUAGCCAGGCUCCGGCAGUACGUGCCUGAUAUCACUGCUGCCGACAUCACUAGGGGUCCGGCCGGGGUACGCGCGCAGGCGCUGGACGCCGACGGCAACUUGGUGGACGACUUUGUGUUCGACAGCGGCGAGACGGGUGUGUGGCGCCGCCUGCUGCACGUGCGCAACGCGCCCUCGCCGGCGGCCACCUCCUCCCUGGCCAUCGCCGAGCUGAUCGCCGACCGCGCGCAGCAGCAGUUCCAGCUGAGCUGAGCUGAGGGUGACAGCAGCUCCAGCUGAGCUAGGCUGAGCGCCGGCUUCAGCUGGCAUGGGCUCGGCUCAACAGCAGAGUCUGUCGAGCCGGGUUGAGCUCA